AUGGAAGAUUUCUUCGCGACGGGCUUCCAUCAGUUCUACACAGAAUUCCAGGAUGUGCCUGAGGAUGAGGAUUUGGGCAUGUGGGAUGAUCCUCUGUUCACUCCCAUUGCCUGCUCACCUCUGGACACUUCUCUGGCUGCACAGGUGCCCGAGGACACGAGUUAUGUAACUCUGGAAUCCGCUUCUCAGCCUCAGGAUGCCUUCAGCAGUUGGAAUUCUCAAGAUUCCUGUCGUUUUGAUUGGGAAUUAAAUCUGGAGCAAUUGCUCCUGGAGGAUUCUUCUCCCCUGCUCACUCCACUGCCCGAGAAGACUCCUCUGUGCUCGGAUUCGUGCGAUUUAUUCCUCAAGGAGAGCUCUGAGAAUCUCAAACUCGCUUCGAGGCAGGAAGUUAAAGUCUUCCACUGUACCUUCGACACCUGCGGAAAAUCCUACGCCAAAGCAGCUCAUCUCAAGGCCCAUCUCCGGCGGCAUCUUGGGGACAAGCCCUACGCCUGUGUCUGGCCCAAUUGCUCCUGGAGGUUCUCUCGCUCAGACGAACUGGCUAGGCACAGGAGGAGUCAUUCCGGCAUCAAGCCAUACAACUGCGACUACUGCCCCAAAUCCUUCGCCAGAUCUGACCACCUGGCCAAGCACAGGAGAGUCCAUGAGAGGAAGAUCCUCUCUGGUAAAGUGAAAGGAGUCUGGAGAGCUCUGCCGCCGGCUAAACCAGGCAGGAAGCCCAAAAAGCCACCACCAGAAGCGGGAAAUGUCUUUGUGUGA